AUGAAGCUUAGGACACUAGAAGAGUAUUUAAAAGAAAAGAGAGAAAGACAAAACAGGUUAGAUAGAAGCAACUACUGUACUAAAUGUGCAGUGUCAUUAGCGGAUUCCGGCGCUUGUGCCGCUCAGAAAUGUAUUCUAGACUUGGUAGCAAUUAAAAAACUCAAUGCGGUGGCCCGUAACCUGAGGGCGGCUCCUCCUUAG